ACAAAAAUGAAAUCAACCACCAUUCUUUGCAGUUUGUUGGUCAGUUUGAUGCUUGCCGUUGCUGUCAUGGCACGUGCCAGUAGUCACAUUGACUUUACUCAAGCAUUGGCCAACUAUGUUGCCUCUCCAGAAAGUGUCACCUCCUACACCCUAUUGUCCACUGUUCAAACAACAGUGGCCACUGUAUAUGUAUUAAAUGUAACAACAUUAUCCUUCUUGACACCUGCUGAAGUUGGUGUCAGAUCCACAUGGUUCAAUUAUGUCACUGUUUCUGUACCAAUUUCAUUGGACAAGACUAAAUCACAAGCUACAGUCUAUUUCACAGGUGGUUCUAAUACUGGUUCUGUACCUGGUGUUGAUGCCAUCAUUACUCCAUAUUCAUAUGCCACUAAAUCUGUCGGUGUCACUGUUUAUGACAUUCCUAAUCAACCAAUUACUUAUGCCUCUGAUCCUACUCAAGCUUCUAGAAGUGAAGAUGCUAUCAUUGCUUUUGGAUGGAAGCGUUUUAUUAAUGACACUGCCAAUGUCAAUUAUGUUACUCAAUUGCCAAUGGUUAAGGCAUCAAAGAUUGCUUUGGAUGUUGUUACCAAGUUUGUCAAGUCAACUGUAAAUUAUGAAAUUGCUACAUGGAAUGUUAUUGGUGCUUCCAAGAGAGGUUGGUCUAGUAUUUUACUUGCUGGUGUUGAUUCCAGAGUUACUUCACUCGUUCCUGCUGUCAUUCCAGUCUGGCACACUAAGGAAGUUUUCGAAAGAACUUACAAUAACAUUUGUUAUUGGCCUCCUGCAAUGGCUGAUUACAUUGCUGCUGGUGUUACCAAUGACAUGUUCACCACUGGUUUUGAAAAGCUCACUAAAAUUGUUGAUCCUGUCAAUUAUCCACGUUUGGAUCAAAUUUCCAAGUAUCAAGUUUUGAGUUUGGGAGAUGAAUUCUUCAGCCCAGAAUUGAACGAUCUUGGUUAUGAUAGUAUUGAAGGUGAUAAGUAUGUUAGAUAUAUUCCAAAUACUGGUCACUCAUUGGCUGGUUCUGAUGUCUUCCAAGUCUUGUUGAGUUAUCAAGUUGCCAGAUUGUCAGGUGUCACCAUGCCAAGAUUUACCUUCUCUCACAGAUUUGUUGAUGAAGGUGUCAUUGUCAAGGUUAAAAUUCAAAACAAUAGACCAUCCAGAGUUGUCUUGUGGUCUGCCACUAAUCCAAAUGGACGUGAAUUCAGAACUUACAUUAUUGGUACAAACGUUUGGAAUUCUACCUUGUUGCAAGAAACUAAACCAAACGAAUAUCAUGUUUUGGUUAGAAACCCACCUCAAGGUUACACUGCUUUGACUGUUGAAUUGGUUUAUGAUAAUUAUGUUCCAUCUUUGGUUCCAGGUGUUACCUUGUCACCAUUAAAGUUCACUACCAAUGCUUACAUUACUCCAAAUACUAUUCCAUGCACUCAAGCAUCACCUCAGGAAUUUCCCUUCCUAGUUUCGAUUCAAUAUCAAGAUUCGUCUUCAUCUACUCCGCAACAUAUAUGUGGAGGUUCUGUUAUUGCGAGUAAAUACAUUCUUACAGCAGCCCAUUGUAAUUUUGAAGAUUCUGGAGCUGUGACUAAUCCAUCCAAGUUGACCAUUGUGUAUGGCACCAACUCAUUAUCUUCUUGUCCUUCAAAAGUUGGUACAUACAGUGCUUGUCAAAGAGUUCAAGUAAAAUCCAUCACUAACCAUGAAAAAUAUGAUGGAAACAAUGUAGUGAACGAUGUUGCAAUUUAUGAAUUGGCAUCUGACAUUUCCCUUCCAACAGCCAACAUUGCCAUGAUUCCAAUGACCAAUGCAGCUGUUGGAACACCUCACUAUAUCAUUGGAUGGGGUCUCACCAAUGAUAAUGUUGGAACAGCUUCCAAUUAUAUGAUGAAAGGCCUCGCUCCAUUAGUCGAUGACAAGUAUUGUAAUUCAUUGGGAUUAGAUAUGAGUCAGAGUAAGGGACAAAUAUGUGCCGGUUCAGGAAAUGGUAUUGAUGCUUGUAGUGGUGAUUCUGGAGGUGGUUUAGCAAUGCAAGUUCAAAUUAAUUCUGGUUCAUCGAAUUCCUCGAAUACUACUUCUGGAGCUACCACUAAAUUGUGGGUCGUGAGUGGUUUAGUUUCGUAUGGACCUGAAGGUUGUGGAGUUUCGUCUUCGUAUAGCAAUCGUGGAGUUUAUACUUCAGUUGCCUAUUUCAAGAGUUGGAUAGCAAGUAAGGUUUCAUCAAAUUUAAUUUACUACACAGGUAAUGGAAUAGUUGUCGAUGGAAAUGGAGGAACAACUGGUGGAGCCACUAACAAUGCCAGCACUAGUACGAAACAUGCUGUUUCGAAUAUUGCAUCUCACUUAACUUUCCAUCUCUUUCUUUGUUUAGCCCUCUUUCUCUUUGCUCUCUAA